AUGGAGACAAGGCAGAAAACGCUCACCAGGGGCCAGGAGAAGGACGUCGAGGGAGACGCUGAGCCGGAGGCGGGAGCGCCAUUUCCGGGGGACGGGUCUGCGGGGGCGGGCUCGGGUUCUCCGGGGCCCUCCAGGAGUCCGCCGACGUCGGGAUGGGCGAUCCAGUCAGCCCAUGCCCGGCUGGCCGAUCUCCUCCAUGCCGCUGCCUCCAUCCUCGACGAGCUCACGCUGGGGGGAGCGGGAGCGCCGGGUGGAGUACCAGGCCGAAGGAUGGGACGGGUUCCCGCCGAGAAACGCGCCAUUCCCGCGCAAAACUUUGACGUCACCUCCGGAGGGGGAGACGUCACUUCCGCCGGGGAUGCGGCCGCCGGGGAUGACGUCACUUCCGCCGGGGGGGUCACCGCUUCCGGAGGACAUGACGUCAACCGCCCAGGAGGUCAGGGGGCAGAGGUGCCUCGCGUCACAUCCGCCAUCUGCGGCCUUACACCGGGAGAAGCAGAGUUUUCGGAGUUGCUCCUCCAGCGGGAUGGGCAGGUGGCUGCGUGCGCCGCUGCAAGAGUUGACGAGGUCCCGGAUGCCCAGGCCUUCGCGUCACAGCGGGCCGCCAGUUGGAGGGGGGCCGACCGGCCUCGCCAAGGGGAAACCCGGGGGAGACACGGACCCCCGCGGGCGUUGGCCGGCGUCACGUGCUACAACUGUGGCCAGCUGGGUCACCUGGCAUCGGGUUGCCCUGCACCCCGGCGCCGGGCUUCGGGUCAUCCACCAUCGUCCGCCCGUCCGCCGGCCGCUCCACAAGACCCCCAGGUGUGAGUCCACCUAGGGUGGUCUCGCCAGAGGAGCGGGAAGCGAGCCGGCCGCCUGUCCAGCAGGAAGACGGCUCGCGGGCUGUGUCCCCGGGGCCUCGAAACGUGCCGGACGCCCGUCAUCUGGGCCCUCCUGACCCUCCGCAAGGAACGCUGGCUUCUGGCGAUGGACCCGCCACACGGACUCGUUCGAAGGGUCUCAGGUUCUCCUGAGACCUGUCGCAGACACACUGCCUCCUCACGGGGCCUGGGUGUUCGAGUCACCUUGUUCGUUGGUGUGGUGUGUCCGCGGUGUUCUUGUGUACAGGGGGGUUGGGGUAAUUUAUCGGGGAUAGUUGUGUUGUUGUUGUUGUUCUGUUGUUGUUAUUGUUGUGUUGAGGCUCACGCAUUGUUAUUGUCAUGUUCAGAAUUCCUGGUUCGCGAGUUAGGGUUGGGAUGUGGAUAGUGAUGCAGCCGGGACGGCUGCGUGCUGUAUAGGGGGGGGUGAUGUGGUGGUCAAGGUUGACACCAAGGUUGACACAGGUCACACAAGUCACACAAGCUAGGGGAGAGGUACGUACCGAUCUGGACCGGCCCGGAUUGACGGGGACGAGAGGUGGUUGGAACGGCUCUGAGGGGAGGGGGCUGGCGAGAGCCAGGGCCCGAGACACCCCCGCCCCUCAGAGAGAGGGGAUAUAUAAGACGGCUCCCGAGAGAGCGGAGGGGGCGAUCGGAGGAGAAGCUGAAGAAGGAGAGCCGGAGAUCCUGGACCCCCAAGCCUCAAGGAUGCCGCCCCGCUGGAACUGAGUGGGCUGAGUAGCUGUAGGCUAGGGAAGAGAGUGACAGAGUAGCUGUAGGCUAGGGAAGAGAGUGACAGAGUAGCUGGAGGUUAGGGAAGGAGAGAAAUGAGAAUAGAGACGGAGGCUGUACCUCCCUAGGUUGUGUGUGUGGGACUGUCUCCCCAGUGAGUCCUGAGGGCUAGUGUUAUCGGAAUAAAAGC